GCAGAAGUUGUUUGUGUGAGCAUAUCAAGGACAACAUCAUGUGAUUUGGAAAGAUUUCAAAGCUCAAAUGAUACUGUGGUUUGGUUUAGUGUCACUGAGUAGGUGAACUAAAUCCUUUGACUCACCCAGAUCCAAAAAAUAAAAUGAUCUUUUCAGGCGGAAGACACAUCCAUCUGUGCUGCAGUCUCUUAUUUAUUCUACUUCUCGGUGGCGUCUGUGCAGAAAGCAUCAAAGCCACAGUGGGAACAGAUGUCACUUUGGCAUGCAGCUACGAUGCUCGGUACUAUGGCAAGCUUUCUUCAUGCUGGGGUCGAGGAGCCAUCCCCAACAGCGGCUGCGCCAAUGAGGUGAUCAAGUCAGACGGGACAUCAGUAACCAGCAGGCUGUCAGAACGCUACCUUUUCAUGGGUAAUCUUGGUGAGGGUGAUGUGUCGCUGACCAUCAGACAGGUUGAGGAGAGUGAUUCGGGGAUGUAUGGCUGCCGUGUGGAGAUACCAGGCUGGUUCAAUGAUCACAAACACCAGCUGACUCUGACUGUAGUGGCAGUACGCCCUAACCCUCUGCAGGUGGAGACAAGAGAGGUAAAAGAAAGAACGGUCACUGUUCGCUGGACUCCUGUGUUUGAUGGCGGCAGGCCCAUUAAAGCCUACAUAAUCGAUAUCAAAAACAAGCAGGCUUCCUGGGAUACUGCAAUUAGAACUGAAGUCUCAAAUCCUGAACUGACUCAGCUGACUUUGAUGGAUUUGCGUCCAGCCAAAACCUACAACCUACGCAUGUUUGCAGCCAACAGUGAGGGUGUGAGUGAGGCCAGCAAUGUUCUGACAGUCACAACCAAAGAAGCAGCACCGGACGGUCCUCCUCUGGAUAUGCAGCUGGAGGGUCUCACUUCUCACAGCAUUAAAGUCACUUGGAAGCCUCCAAGGCCUGAUCUGAGAAAUGGGGUUAUUCGGAGUUACAGCAUUAGCUACAGAGAGUAUGACCCUGAAGACAGACACUUUAAAAUGUGGCAGCACAGAAGUGUGCACGCAACACAGGAAGUAGAGAGCGUCGUCCUGAGCAACCUGAAACCCUCCACCAGCUAUGGUGUGCUUAUACAGGCCAAAACAAAUGCAGGAAUUGGACCUUCCUCAACUGCACCUCUCUGCUCCACUUUGGAUGACAUUCACACAACUUCAACUGUAUCAACUAGUGGGUCUACUUCUGCUCCUGCCACAGUGUGGAUUCAAGACAGUACAAGUUUCACUUCAGUUCACACAACUUCAGUGUUUGAGCCCAUUACUACUGCCACAGUCUGGGAAAACAACACUGCAAGUAUAAUGCCAGUGGCCCCUGAUCCCCCAGUGGUUGAAUUAAAGGAGGUCAAAGAUAAUACAUUUUCUCUUUUAUGGACUCCUGGGUUUGAUGGUGACAGCCCAAUUACUGGGUAUUACCUGGAGUAUAAAGCAGUUCAUGCCUCAUGGGAUUACACAAAGACAAUUGUAGACUUUAGCGCCGACCAGAGAGAGGCCACAAUAAUUGAGAUGAAACCCUCAACAUACAACAUCCGCAUGUUUGCAAAGAAUAAUCUCGGCGCCAGCAAAGCCAGUAAUGUCCUCACCAUCACCACGGGAGCAACAGGUCAUCAGACGGAUGAUCUCGUUACGACCACAUCUACUGACUCCCAUGCUACUUCUAGCGCUGUGGAAAGUCAAAGUGGUCACCUAGCGGCCAUCGUGGUGCCAGUGGUGCUGGUGGUGCUGACUGUUGCCAUAAUAACCACAUGGCAACUCAGACGACUAAAACAGAGAAAGGGCAGCCUGAACAUGUGGUUGACCAAUGGAGUGCUACGUUACAAAGGCUCUGAGUCACUACAAGAGCUGUGAAACUUUGUUUCUCUACAAUUUAACCUCAAAUCCCCCAGAUGAACAGUACUUUUAAGUUGUGUGAAAUGUGUCAAAAAAGAAUGUAUAUUUGUGUCUAUUUUGUCAUUUGAGGAAGGUAACCACCUGUGUGUUUAGUUGAUUCAAACUAAUCAAAGGAACAAAUAAUUAACAAAUAAAUUAUUAUACAGUAACUUCCAAUAUGUAUUGUGCUUUACAAAAAGCCAUUUCAAUAUUCUCAAUAUUAGUUCACCCAUUAUUUCUUUGUUUUCUCUCUUUCUAAAAAUAUAUAUCUAUUAUUCACAUUUUUUAACAUUAAAAGGAAAUUAAAUUGCUUGUUUCAUUUAAUUUUAAAAGUGACUUCUGAAUCUGUAAUGAAAUGUCAUAUCUUUGCUAUUUUGACAAUAAAGUUCCAUGGUGUUUGUUUA